AGCGCUCGUCAACUCUGCAGGAAUAUGAAGAACAGUAGGAGACUUGUGCUGCUGAUGACAAUGUUUUGUACACCUAUGAUAAGCGCGAUACUCAUUGAAGGUAUUGUUGGAGGUGCUUUUCUUGUAGGUGGUUAUUUCGGGCCUAAAAUUUAUUGUCAUUUCACUGAAUGCUGUAAGAACAAGUGGAUUAAGCCCAAUAUAACGGGUUUACAGUCAGCCCUUCGCAGGCGCGUUUUUGGUCAGCACCUCGUCACUCAGACCGUUCUAAAGGUUCUUGUUGCACAUUUAAACAAUAAGUCGCCUAAGAAAGCGUUAGCGAUUUCUUUCAAUGGCUGGACAGGAUCAGGAAAGAACUUUGUGAGCAAAAUCAUUGCCGAAAAUAUCUUCAAGAAGGGAUGGGAGAGUGAUUAUGUUCAUCUGAUCAUGGCUACCCAUGAAUUCCCUCAUCAGAACAAAGUAGACAUUUACAAGGAAGAACUGCGCAAACGAGUGAAAUAUUCUGUAAGAGAGUGCCCCAGAUCGCUGUUUAUCUUUGACGAAAUGCACAAAAUGCCAAAAGGCCUCAUAGAUGUGCUUAAACCCUACUUAGAUUACCACCCUCCUGAUGAAGGCGAGAUCGAUUACCGUCAAAGUAUCUUCAUAUUCCUUAGCAAUACGGGGGGUGAUCUUAUCAACAAUGCUGUUCUAAAACACUGGAAAGACGGAAAGAAACGAGAAGAUAUCAAGCUCAAAGAUUUGGAAAAAGCUAUCAAUCUCAAAGAAUUUUAUAACGAGGGUGGAUUUUGGCAUUCCUCUCUAAUUGAUAGAUCUGUGAUAGAUCACGUUAUUCCUUUUUUGCCGAUGGAGAGAUCUCACGUUAAAAUGUGUGCUAAAGCCGAUUUAGAGGAGAAAGGACACCCAGUCACAGAUUUCAUCUUAAACAGUGUAGCAGGUGAAAUGUCAUACUUUCCUGAAGAUCUAGAGGUCUUUUCUCUGUCUGGCUGUAAGAUUAUUUCAGGCAAAGUUGACUAUGUGAUGGGUGAGGAAUUUUGAAAACUUUGCACUUCGGAGAUACCAGUUGUUGGGAACAGGUCAGGCUGACUCAGUAUAAACACAAUUUAUAGAAACUGGUUUUUGAAGAAUUAGCAAAAGCUUGUCACAAACCUACAGCAGUGACUUUCUAGUUAGAAUGAGUCAGCCUUUCAAACUUAGUAUUAGAAAUGGGUGGGGUGGGGUAAGUUUAGCAGAUGGUGGAGAUGGAGGAGUUGGAAGUAUAUUUAGAUGUAAAGAAGACAAUUAUCUGAUAGAAAGAAUAGAUAUCUGAAAGAGAACAAGAGAAUGAUGACCCACUGUAAUUUGAUUUACUGCCCUCCUUCUCAUCAGCUUCCCCUCUCCAAUAAGCAACCCCCUCUGAUUUUUGUUAAUAAGUGCCCCCAUUCAAUAAGCACUCUCAUUCCAAUAAGUGCCCCUAUACCAAUAUGCACUCCUCUUCUGGUUUUUCUUACUAAGAAGGAUUCAGGGGCAACACCUCCAUUUCCCAUUUGUAUUGAUUCUUUUAAAUAAGCCAAUUCAAUUAGCACCCUGUUUUGAAGAAGCACCGUCCUUGGGGGAACCAAAAGUAAAAAAAGUGCCCUGAGCACUAAAUCAAAUCUUUAUGGUAGUUUGGUUUCUAAGCAAAGUUUUAAACUGCUUAAGAGGGUAACAAAAAUACUUAGUUGAUGAGAGACAUGAUGUUAAUGAAGGGAAAUAUAGAAGUUAAGCAACUAAAGAAAUCAGGCUGUUCAAUCUUACUUGCUCUCUCAGGUUAACAAGGGUGAGGGCUGAUAAUUAAAAUGUCAGCUUUUCUUGAGUUACUGUUAACUCUUCAAUUUUUAUCAUCAUCAUCAUUUAUUAGCCACUAAAGAUAUAAUAUUUAUACAGGUUUUAACAGUAGGUUAGGGCAAGGAGACCUCCAAGAAACCACCAAGCUUAUAGGGGAGGCCACCUCGGUUGUCAAUAUGUUUGUAAUUAAGUUGUGGAUGUGCGGCUUGGCCAAUUUGGUUUCAUUUCAUUAAAAAAUCAACCAUCUUUCUUUUAAAAGUAAAAAUUCUAGUCAAACUAGUGAUCAAUAUUGGGAGAGAAUUCCAAAUUUUAGGACCUUGGUAGAGUAUUGUAAAUUGUUUAAGAUUAGUACAAAACUUACAUGGUCGACAGAAAUUGGCUAUUCUUGUUUAAUAACUGUGUACUUGCCUAUUUGCAAGGAACAAGCUGAGAAACAUCAGGGACAGUAGUUGACUGUGAUAAUAAAACAUAGAUUUAGCUAUUUGCAAUGCGUUGACUUGGAAAUAUCCCAAUUUAGCAAAUAUGGGGGCAGUGUCUUCUCAAUAGUCUGAGGUGGUAAUCACUCGCACAGCACGUUUUUGUAAAUAAAAAAUCCUAUUUCAGUUAGUGCAAUGUAUGGACAACCAGGUUGAAUUACAGUGAGUGAUAUAUGGGUAAA